AUGGUAUCGGAAAACGUCACUCCCGCUACAGCCUCAUCCGGCCAGCGUCCGACCAACACCAUAGGCAAUGUAACAGCCGACAUCAACAAAGUCGACAUCAUCAAGAGUGAGACCGACGCCCCAACAGAUAGUCAUGCUCUAGCGCACGCCGAGGUGGAAGAAACCAGCUUGAUUCGCAAAUUGCCAGGUGAUGAAGCCACCUCUGACAUUGGCUGGCGACAACAGCCGGACGAGUUUGACGAACCCAUUAUCGUCGGAAUAUCGAAUGAGGAUUUGUAUAUGUUGAUCCGACGAUUUAACAAGCAAGUAUACCAUGUUAGAGCUGCGUCUACGCUACCUCUUGAUAACUUGGAUCUCAACCCUGUCGAUGACGAGGAGUUCUCCCCCGACAAGCUCCGGUCAAACAUUGAGCGGCUGUAUAUGACUGUUAUUGUUGGGUUGAUGAGUCUUUGGAAACACAUUGUUAGACUCAGGUCAUGGCGCGAACAACGACGCACAGCUGUUUUUUGUGCUGCUUAUUUUGUAGCAUGGCUAUUGGAUAUUAUAGUGCCUAUGAUUCUGUCUGUUGUCAUCGUCUUGAUUCUCUAUCCAUCGAGUCGCUCAAUUCUCUUUCCCCCUGCGCCUAUUGCGCUGGUGGAUUCCCAAACUGGCGGUGUCCAGAAACCAAGAGCCGGCGUUCUCGGAUCCAAAGAUAGUCUCACGGGUGCUCCAGAACGAUAUCGUGGCGAGGCAGUUGAGCAAGAGGCCAGUAACCUAGUCAGCAGCGUCGCCGGCGUUGCCAUAGGAAGCGCAGCAGGAAAACAUGACCCAGCAGUCCCUGACGAUGCUCCCAUGGAAGAUAAAGUUCCGGAUGUGACGGAUGUAGCUUCUCAAGUUGGUGAUUUACAAGACUCUGCAGGUGGAGGCAUUCCAUCUACGAAACAUGACAAGACGAAGAAGCCAAUGUCGGAUGCUGUCUGGACAAAGAUGAAGCCAGUGAUGCACAUUCUCGGUGAUAUAACUGAUACGUACGAACGGUUUGGCAACGCGUUGUCUCCAACUACACCGUUCCCAAAAUAUGCAGCUCGGCUCAGACUUGCCGCUAUUCUAGCUCCAAUGGCCUUGGGUUCGUUCUUCCUAACUUCUUACGUGGUCGUCAAAACCAGCGGAUUCAUGUUCGGUUUUGUAUUCUUUGGAGACCCAGUGCUCAUCAGAGGUGCCAAGUACCUCAAUCGCCGCUUCCCACGCUGGCAGAAGGUUUUGGAACUUAGAAAUUCUAUCCUCAAAGGUGUACCGACCAAUGCCCAACUUACCAUCACCCUUCUUCGUCUCGGAGAGGUAAACGGAACACCAAUCCCUUCACCUCCAAUAUCCCUCGAACAAGCACCUUCAAAGCCCGCAUCUGUUCACGAAGAUAUUCCCUUGGACGCAUCUCGAGCCGAAAUUGAAAGUGCUGUAAGACCGGAUCCGAUCAUGACCAAACAAGCCACCGAGCCAGACGCUACCAACGAGAAAGCCAAGAGAUCCAAAAAGAAGGGUUUCCUACCUGCCAUGGUCCGAUUUUUCAAGGGGACAACUGCUACUGGAAUUGAGACUAAGCUGGCUACAUACUAUGCACUCGCCACUCUUGGUUAUCGACACGCAAAGAAUCAUCUGGGCAUUCUUCCCAAGAAAGGUUCCAAGGCAACGCCGGGUGGACCUGUGGAUUUCCAAUGUCGAUAUCAGGGUAAGAAGGGAUGUCUUGUAAUUGACUCUAGUAAAGAAAAACCUGUCCUAUUCUUCACCACCGAACCUGGUACCGAGCCCCCAACUAUCGAGAAUGCAAAGAGGGUCCUCUUCGCCAUGCCUGUCAGGGAUAUACGGCAUUUGAAGAAAUUGGGUGGAAUGGGCUGGAAGGGGAAACUUGUUGUUGGAUGGGCAGAGACUGAGAAGGAAGUUAUUGAUGGAUUGAGGAUUAUAGGGAAAGAUCCGAAGCAGAAUUUCCAUAUUACAGCCAUGAAGACGAGGGAUCAGUUGUUUAAUCGUUUGGUUGCUAUGGGAGAUCAGGUGUGGGAUAUUUGUUGA